CAUAAAAUGAUUUCGAAGUAAACAGAGAAGAUCCGCGAUAGAAAGUAGUUACCUAAUUCGGGAUAAUUUUGAGCAUUGAACAACCGACCAGGUCACUGGAGACAGACUAUCGUUACUAGGAAACAGCUGUUCAACGUCUCGUUAUGGCGCCGAAGAAACCCAUCGUUCUCCGCAUAGGAGAGGACAUCAAGUAUAAUCAUGACUUUUAUAACAAUGUCUUUACUAAGAGGUUUGACGUGGUCGCGAACGAAGAACCUGAUAGAGAGUCCUUUAUCAGAGCACUAAAAGAGAACAAAUAUGGCCAGUUCUCGGCGUUAUAUCGUCCACAUUUCCAAACUGGUGGUGAGAUGGGCCAAUGGGAUGAAGAACUCAUAUCACUUCUGCCACCCUCAGUCCGGAUCUUUGCGUCAGCUGGUGCAGGCUUCAACUGGGCUGAUGUCGAUGCCCUCGGUCGUCGCCGCAUCUGGUACGCCAAUGGUGCGGGCGCCAGUGAUGAAGCCGUAUCCGAUACUGCUCUGUUCAUGAUCCUAUCGGUAUUCCGAAACUUCUGGCUUUCACAGCGUGGUGCACGUACUUGUGACCCAUCAGAGUUCCAGAGGAUGCACAAACUCAUCGCAACCAUCUCUUAUAAUCCUCGAGGUCAUGUCCUCGGAAUCGUCGGUCUUGGUAACAUCAGCAAACUAGUGGCUCGCAAAGCAGGUUUGGCUCUAGGCAUGAAGAUCCACUAUUACGAUGUGGUUCGCUCGUCUCCAGAAGUCGAGGAAGAGCUGCAAGCGACAUAUCAUUCAUCUCUCCACGAGCUACUGGGUAUUGCGGAUUGCAUCACUCUACAUACCCCGCUCAACGCUCAUACUCAAGACCUCAUCAACAAAGAAGCAUUUGCGGCAAUGAAGGAUGGUGCAAGACUCGUUAACACAGCAAGAGGGCAGAUCGUUAAUGAAGAUGCGUUGAUUGGAGCCCUGAAAAGUGGCAAGAUCUCGGCUGCUGGUCUAGAUGUUCAUUACCACGAACCUCAGGUAUCGAAAGAACUUGCAGCUAUGGAUAACGUCACGCUAACUUGUCACAAUGGAGGAGCGGCUAUUACGACGAGAAUUAAUUUUGAGCUAAUGGCCAUGGAAAAUAUUCUGAGAGUAGUGGAUGAGAAUGGGGAGUUUUGUGGCAAGCCGACUACGGCAGUGAACCGCAAGGCCUUUGAACAGGCUUCUUCGUAAGCUUGUUUAGAUAAUACAAGCAUCCCAAUCAUACGUUUCUCGAUCGCUGC